AUGCACUCUGCCUCGGGUGCCUCGGGCAGAGGCAAAGUGCUGGUCAAGAAUAUCUUCAACGGAGGCAAACCUAAAAAGAACCACCUCUCAUGCUUCUCCUUUGGGAUCUCCGUUGGUAACUUCUCCUUCGAUAACUCCUCAUCCGGUAACUCCUCCUUCAAUAACUCCUCCUCCUCCUCUGGUAACUCCUCCUUCGGUAACACCUCCUCUGGUAACUCCUCAUUCGGUAACUCUUCCUCCUCCUCUAGUAACUCCUCAUCUGGCAACUCCUUCUUCGGUAACUUCUCCUCCUCCUCUGGUAACAACUCAUCCUCCUCCUCUAGUAACUCGUCCUCUAGUAACUCCUCAUUCGGUAACUCCUCCUCCGGUAUCUCCUUCUCCUCUUAUGGUAACUACUCAUCCUCCUCUGGUAUCUCUUCCUCUGGGAUCUCCGCCACUCCUAUCUCCUACGCUGGGAUCUUCGCCGUUGGGAUCUCCACACAGCUUACCUUUAGAGAGGCAGAUCAUAUGAGAGAGAAAAAAGAAAAGGAAAAGUAA